UUGCCAUGGAAACGGGGGGGGGGGGGGGCGCCGCAGGCUUCUGGAGGCCGCUGUAGGCCGCGGGGAGCCCCCGGGGUCCGGAGCGAUGGAGCCCCCCCCGCGGCACAGCCUCACCGCCCCGGUGCUCGAUCAGAAGCUGGUGGCCGACCUGCGGGAGCUGCGAGCCAUCGCCGGCGCCGACCUCCGCACCAUCCCCUGCCUGCCCCUCACCCUGCUGUCCCCCCGCACCCCCCACCCACCCCCCCCGACCACCACCCCCCACCCCGGCACCGCCACGGCACACCGAGCCCGCUCACAGCCGGCACAGACAGAGCACCAGCACCGGGUGGAGGAACCGGGGGUCUCACCGUCACCCCCACCGCCCCCCCAGCCCCUCUCCGUGCCGGCGCUGCCGCCCCCCGGCACCACCGCGGCGGCGCUGGAUCUGCAGCGGCUGACACAGCGGGCACCGAGCGAUGCCCCCCGGCUGCCACCGCUGCUGGCGGCGCUCACCCGCCGCCCCCAGGACGACGCGCGGCUGCGGUGGCUGCGGCGCCACCAAACUCAGGAGCCGGGGACCCUCCCCGCGCCCCCCCCGGCCCUCGGCUGUCAGCCUCCUGCGGCGGCCGGAGCCGGUGGAGAGCGCGGUGUGGCUGCGGCUGCAGCCCCCGCUCUGCCCCGAGCCCGUGGAGGUGGCGGCGGCGGAGGCCGAGGCCGAGCCCGGCGAGGAGCUGCGGGCGCUCUACCAGCAGCUGGCGGCGGCGCUGCCCGGAGAGCGGCUGCGCUUCGAGCACGAGCCCCUGGUGCAGCCGGCGGCCACCGGCCGUGACCUUGACCCCGAGGGGCCGCAGGGGACGGGCGCUGCGGCACGCGGCACCGCCCCGGCACGGCGCUGGGAGCCCCGAAACGCCUCGCUGCUGCAGGACUACCUGCGGUACCUCGAGGGCACCGGCUCUGACUUCCUCCACGCCAUCUUCAACCUCGGCGGCGGCAGGCGAGGAAGAGGAGGAGGAGGCGGUGAAGGCCCCGCGGGUCGCGGCAGAGCCGGCAGAGGGGACGCCGGUGACACCGGCGGGGCUGCAGCAGCUCCAGCAGCGCCUGCAGCAGCUCUGGGCCGCGCUGCUCAGUCCCUGGCCACCAGCGCCUGGCCAUGGCCACCAAAUACGCCGACGGCAGCGGCCCUGGCGCGGCUGCCGGCGGCGCUGGCAGCUGUGGGAGGAGGCCGCCGGCCUCAUCCGGCAGCGGGAGCAGCUCCUGGCGUGGCUGGAGGGGCUGGAGGUGCGCGCCUCCGACCCCAACCGCUUCUUCUGCCGGGCCCCCAAAGCCUUCGCGGCGCGUGCCGGCGAGGCGCGGGCCCGGGGGCGGCUGCGUGCCGCCGUGGCCGGCUGCGAGGGGCUGCUCCAGGGCUGCGCUGCGGCGCCUGCGGGAGGAAUUUGGGGACGAAGGUGACGCUGCGGGGACGGCCCUACGAGGAGAAGAUGCGCCGGGACGUGGUGGAGAUGCUCUACCGGCUGCAGCAGGGCCGCCGUGCCGGCGCUCUGGGGGCGAUGCUGCGGCACCUGGGGCGCCGAAAAUGUCCCUGGGGGGCACGAGUGGACGACGUGAGGAUGUGGGAGCGGUGCUGUGAUCCCCCCCCUGGAGCAGGCAGUGCUGGAAAAUACAUUUAUUCACCCCAAAAUCCCCAAUCAGUGGUGUAG